AUGCGUCCGCUGGUCGCGCUCAAACUCGCUAGUCUAGUCCAGCUAGCGCUUCUAACUUCUCGACGAGAUUUUCAUCCAUUACUCGACGCACCACCACAUCUACCAGGAGUUCGACUACGACUAUUCCCUUCUGGGAUCUCUUAUUUGAGUCAGGUUGCGAACAACGUUCUUGCCGAGCAACUACCUCGGAUCAUAAUCCCGGAUGUUGAGCAUCGUCUACCUGGGGAUCAAGGUGUCAUCUACAUCUCACGCGUCAAAAUUUCAAGAUUCCGGCGUGCUGAAACCCAUGAUAUCACGACUUCAGCGCCAAAUCGGAUCUCAUGGACAAUGAGAAAUCUCGAUCUUGGUUUCAUCGGAGAUUUGAGCGGUGCUGUAAAUAUUGUGGUGCCGUUUAAUCUUACAGGACAGGCUGAAGUACAAGCUGAAGGACUUUCCGUACAUUUGGACAGUUCGAUCGAACGUGCCCCUAACGGCUCCGCACAUGUCAGCACACUCUCCUGUCAUUCAACGAUUCGAGCCGUCGAUGUCAUUAAUCACAACGGAGGACUGUUUGGUCUAGCCGUUACAGUAUUUAAGCAAGGAGUUUCUGAUAACGUCCGACUUUUGCUGCAAGGUUUGAUCUGCAAGAAGGUACGGAAAUAUCUUGACGAAGACCUCAACGAAAAGUUGGCUGAGGUUCAAACAAAGAGUCCGCUAACUGAAGCGAUUGAAGCGAACGCGGUUCGAUCAGCUCGGCUAUCAGAAGCUGUUGGUGGGGUUACGUUGGGUAGCAUUUUGGGAAAGAGUUUCGCUAAGGAUUUCUAUAUUGACUUCAGACUACGUGAAGAUCCGUACUGUGGAAGGAACACCGUCGAUAUUGCAUGUGCGGGUGAGAUCUCGUACAAAGGUGUAGGUGGUACACCGUUUGGGCCGCCCCCGAUUCAAUGGCUUCGUACACAUUCCGAUUCACAUAUGGUUAUGCUACAAGUGUCCGAUUACCUACCGAAUUCACUUUUCUACCAUGCACACAAGCAACGUUUGAUCCGCUUACAUCUUUCGUCCUCGACGCCAGGAGUUGCCCAAUUCCUACGAACCUCUUGUGAAGGGUCUUUCUGCUUGGCGGAUCUCGUUCCGCAGCUGGCCGAGACGUACCCGAACCAAACUCUCGAACUCUCUCUAGCCGCAACCCGUGCGCCAGCUGUUUUGUUCUCUGAGAAGAAGGGAGGAGUUAUCUCUGUGAAUCUCGGUGGAGUGAUCGUCGUGUUCGUUUCGGAUGGUUAUCGACGUAAGCAGGCGGCCGUCUUGGACAUGGAAGUGGUGGCGGACACCAAGUUGAAUCUGCAGAAUCAGAACGUCAACGGAAGUGUAGAGCUGACAAAAUUCGAUUUGACUAGCCGUUCGGCGGCGAUAGCGAUUUCUCAGGAAGAGCUAUCCGAUAUUGCGAUUCUCGUUUCUCAAAUGGUCGAAAAAAUGCUGAACGAGAUGCUUGCGAACGGAUUUCCGCUGCCGCUUCCUCACGUGUUGAGCCUGAACAAUGUCUCCGUGGAUGUGUUGACCAGGAGGAUUCUCAUUAGGACGGAUGUGGCGGUGGACGAGCGGCGCCUGUCUCGCCUAGCAGCUCGAACGCUCUUCAACGGACCUGGAUUUGCUGGACAACUAGACCAAUUCGCCGUGGAGAAUUUCAUUCGACUUGCCGCCGAGUCCAGACCUCGUCCCGGCGCUGAUGUGACCGGAUUCAGAGAUCGACGCUUCAUCGCCUCGCCUCGUGCCCGGCCGAUACGUCCUUCAAAUCGUUUCCGAACCACCUAA